GUUUACGGAGUUUGUUAUUUGUUAUUUGUUAUUUGUUAUUUGGGUAUUGGAUAUUUUGCUAUCUGAGCAACUCGUGACCGCUAAGUAAGGGGCCGAUUAUACAAAAUUUUCUGUGCUUUCCCGAACCUCUCUUUGGUAUCUGUAUACAUCGUCUUGCGUGAUAUACAUUUCCGCCCUUGCGCGUGCUCAUGUAGCUGAAAAGAACGAGAGAGCAAGAAGGCGUGCACCACAUCCAUCCAUCAUGCCCAACUUGGUGCCCUCGACCAUCUCAUUAAUUGAUUUCAAAGUCCUCCUAUCCCGCUACCCACACGCCGUACCAGAGGAACUGCGCGACCUCGACGUCCAGCGCUAUGAUACCAUCCCCGCGCAGCUCGCCGCCAGGAAGGCAGCCGCCGACAAUGACGAUGCAGCCACAGUGUCGCUCAACAAGGAAGAACUCGUGAAAUUGGUCGAGUGGAAACUCAAACACGGCACGUUCCGCCCAACCCUCCUCGCCUUCGUGCAAUCCAACCCCUCCGCCCUGGUAACCAAAACCACCGCCACCGCCUUCUCUGAACUCUCAUCCCCUGAAUCCACCUCUCCCCUUCCCGCCCUGAAGACCCUGGUCAAAGCACUCAAAGGCAUCGGACCCGCAACAGCAUCCCUGGUCCUAUCUACCUACUCCCCAACCACGGUGCCCUUCUUCUCGGACGAGCUGUUCCGAUGGGCGAUGUGGGAGUAUGGGUUGGGGGAGGACGGGUGGAAGAGGAAGAUCAAGUACACGGCCAAGGAGUACGAGGAGCUGGCGACGAGGGUGGAGGCCGUGAGGGCGAGGUUGCAGGAGGAGGCGGGGGAGGACGAGGUGGUCAGCGUGGUGGAUAUCGAGAAGGUUGCUUGGGUGCUCGGGAUGGCGGACUGGGAUCUCGAUGAGGAAUGGGUUGUUAAUGAGACGCAGAAGGUUGGGGAGGGAGGGAAGAGCGAAGGGGAUGUUACUCAUGAAGGGCAAGAGUUGGGGGAGGAAAGUAAGAGCGAGGGGAAGGGUAACAGGAAGGUUGAGGAAUCUACUGUUGAAGAGGGGGAAGCGCGUAAGAGGAAGGUUGACGAGUCUACUGUUGGAGAGGCAAAGGGUGAUGAUGGGGCGGGGCCACGGAGGAGUCAACGGAGGAAGAAAGAGUCAUUAGAAUUCUAAACGAGGAUGAUUCAAUCCCUUAGAUGGAGGCGUUUGGAAGUUUUUAUAGCAUAUAGUAUAUCGAACAAUGGAAUUCGUGGCUACUUCGUUAACACUUAGACUGAGAGGUAUGUCUGCCGCCAUGAUUUCUCCUCCCCA